UGUUAAAACCAAAAAUACUCUACAUUGUAGAAAAGUAAUAACAUAAUGAUCUCUUAGCCUAGUGGUCAAGGGAAAGGUAGGUUUAAAUCCAUGCAAGGAUGAUUUUAAAACUAACUUGAUUAAUUAGUAACCCGAUUAGCAACAUACUAACUGUACACCGUUAAAAAAGUAAUAACAUCAUACUUGUUGAAUUUUGUACCAAUUAAUUUGUGUUGUGCCUUUUACCAAAUUGUUUGUAAGCUACCGGUAUUAAUAUGUAUAUGUAAUGGUGUCUUAUAGGAGAUUGAUAAGUCUCGUGAUAAACAAUAGUGUAGAUUUAAGAGUGUGUAUGCUUGUGGUUCUAGAAAAUUAAUUAUUAUUGUACAUAAACAACAACUUCAAUUUAUAUAUACGGAGAUUCUAUUGCGAUGUGUUUUUAACAUACAAAAUGUAGGAAACCACAAUAAUGUAAUACGUGUUUGGGGACGAGCAAGUGGUAUAUGCGUCAAUAUAGAUCCGUGCUAUAAUUGCACAACAUGUAUAAAUAAUUGUCUACAAUAUUAAAGUUCCAUCGGAAAAAAAGUACAUCAAAUCUUAACCCAAAAAAAGUACAUCAAAUCUUAACCCAUCUAGAGUUUAUACUAGCACAUGUCAUAUUAAAGUUCGCAUGUUUACCUAUCCAUUUUUGCUCUUUCCGUCGGAAAAAAAAAGUACAUCAACUUUUAACCCAUCUAUAGUUUAUACUAGCACAUGUCAUAUUAAAGUUCGUAUGUUUGCCUAUCCAAUUGCUAUAAAUUGAUAACAAAACGUUGUUUUAUUUUUCAAAAGUUAAAAACAAAACAAAACAAAACAAAAAUAAAAGUGGUCCACAUUUUUUGUAUUUCGUAGACAUUAAAAGCUGGCAGUCCGAUUGCUUAUCUCUCGGUGUGUCCCUCUUAUACCCACAAACACUUCGUACCAAACCUUCUCAAGUCGACACUGUUGUACAAAUAUCCCAAUUCUACUUGUUUGAUAUAGAUUUAGAUUCAGAUUCAGAUUCCAGGUCAGCCUUCUGCAGCUCCAUCAUCAACUAGGGUGAUUGUUAUCCAACUGUGUGUGGAUCAUGGUUCUAGCUCCUUCAAUCAAGGUGGUUCUAGGCUGUCUUGCCUUUGGUAUCUUUUGGGUAUUGGCGGUUUUUCCUGCUGUCCCGUUUAUGCCCAUCGGAAGAACCGCAGGCUCCCUUCUUGGUGCCAUGCUCAUGGUUCUGUUUCAAGUUAUAACCCCGGAUCAAGCGUUUGAAGCUAUUGAUCUUCCAAUUCUUGGUCUUCUGUUUGGGACAAUGGUUGUGAGUGUUUAUCUUGAACGCGCCGAUAUGUUCAAGUAUCUAGGCAAGUUGCUUUCAUGGAAAAGUCAAGGAUCAAAGGACUUGUUGUGUAGAAUUUGCUUGGUAUCUGCAAUCUCGAGUGCUUUUUUCACUAAUGACACAUCUUGUGUUGUGUUGACCGAGUUUGUACUCAAAAUUGCCAGACAACAAAACCUCCCACCCCAUCCAUUUUUACUAGCACUCGCGUCCAGUGCCAAUAUUGGAUCUGCUGCUACACCUAUUGGUAACCCUCAAAAUCUAGUCAUAGCAGUUCAAAGUAAAAUACCCUUUGGGGAAUUCUUGUUUGGGAUCGCAGCUUCAAUGGUGGUCGGCAUUUGUGUGAACGCCUCGAUUCUGUUAUGCAUGUUUUGGAAGUUGUUAUCUGUUCAGAAAGAUGAAGAGGAGCCUCCUGUUGAAGUAACCCCUGAAGAAGAUGUGAAUUCCCAUAGGUUUUCACCUGCUACAAUGUCUCAUCUUACGUCGCAAAAUUCUCAUGAAUUCAAUGCUUAUUUGGAAGCCAUGAGUAUUCACAGCUCGCCAAGCGUUAAUGGCCACAUAGAUAAUAAUACUCUUAGGAACCGUGUAGGUGGUUCCGGUGACAAUGAGAUUCAUAGAGAUGAAAAUGUCUCGAAAGAUGUUACGGACAGUGGAUCGUCACAGAAGAAGGAUGAGCGACUUGUGUCAAGGGUAUCCUCGACGCACGGAUUCAUGAGUAGGACUUCUGAUUUGGGUUUGGAGGAUAUUGAUGAAAAGUCUGCUAAAUGGAAGAUAAUAUUGUGGAAAGUAGGAGUGUAUACGAUUACUGUAGGAAUGUUGGUUUCGUUUCUAAUGGGAUUAAAUAUGUCGUGGACCGCCAUUACAGCCGCAUUGGCUCUCGUGAUUCUUGAUUUCAAGGAUGCCCGACCAUGCUUAGAGAAGGUUUCUUAUUCACUGUUGGUAUUCUUUUGUGGAAUGUUUGUGACCGUUGAAGGCUUUAAUAGAACUGGAAUCCCAAGUGCAGUAUGGGAUUUUAUGGAACCUUAUGCGCGAAUUGAUCACAUCAGUGGUGUAGCAAUUCUUGGAGUGGUCAUAGUUGUUCUCUCGAAUCUGGCUUCAAAUGUGCCAACAGUGUUGUUGCUUGGAGGAAGGGUAGCGGCCGCGGCGGCCAGCAUAUCGCCAGAAAAAGAGAAGAAAGCGUGGCUAAUAUUGGCCUGGGUGAGCACGGUGGCCGGAAACCUUUCACUGCUUGGGUCAGCAGCCAAUCUGAUUGUGUGUGAACAAGCUCGCCGUGCUCAGCAUUUUGGGUACAAUCUUACCUUCUGGACUCAUCUUAAAUUUGGUGUCCCUUCCACCAUAAUAGUCACAGCUAUUGGGUUGAUACUCAUAAGGACAUAAACAUACAUAAAUUUAGAACAAUUUUGCUUUGCAAAUUUUGUUUUGUAAAUCCAAUGUUGUAUAAUAUUCAUUUCCACGUACACUUGUCCUAGCUUGUUAUUUUCUUUUUCUCACGUUUGUAAGGUAAAAUAAUAACAAUGCCCAAUCCAUAUGUAAAUACAAUAUGUGAUGAUACUCAGCUUUCUUAAUUUGUUAUUAA